CAAAGUAGGAAUUAAAUUCCCACCAACUCGUUGGAUUCGUCUCUCCAGAACAGUAAACACAUACACAUAAUACGCAGAAAAAAGACGCGAUUCAAACAGUGUACGAAGGGGUGCUGAACGAUAUCCAGCGUUUAGGUGGUAAGGAUACGAAGAAUUUAUCACAAAUCAACACACACCUACACAGGAUGAGGAUUAGGAGGAACAUGAAUAUUAGCACCGGCAGUGUCUUCCAUCUAACGCUCGUCACUAUGGCAGCGCUCGUACGACAGGGUUUCACGGAAGACUGCGGCCAGGAGGAGCUGGUACAGUGCACGAGACCGCUUCAGGUCCUAUCCGCCACAUCGGAAUUGUCGUUCGUGACCAAAAAGGAGGAGCUGGAUAAACUUUGCCCCGAUCUACACACCGGACUGCACUGUAUCCGCAGCUACACCCGACGCUGCAUGAAUAUUCAUCAGCGGGAUCACUUCAACAAACUCUACCACGGCACUAAUGAAGUGAUACACGAGCUCUGCGAGGAAGGACCUUAUCAGGAAGACUUUCUUAGACAUGCACCAUGCAUGCGACACGUGAAAAAGGACUACGAGGUCUGUGCGACCCGCUACCAGAGCACGAUGGCGAAGCUCGGCCAGGCGGCGGCAACCACAACGACCACAUCGACGACGUUCCACCCGGUCGGUCCGACAAUGGCGACGCAUCCGGCGGCCGCUCUGCGAAGCGGUCAGUAUCACGGCGGUCAUGACGUGAAUCAUGAACAGCAUCAUCACCAUCACCAACAUGACCAUGCUGGACACAGCGUACACCCGAACAGCACCAAAUCGGUGGAGGACGCCGAAGAGGAGCGACUCAAAACUGUGUGCUGUGCCUUCCAGAAGUACAUGCAAUGUUCAGAGUUCACCGUGCGGCAUGCCUGCGGCGACGAGACGGCGCUUUUCACGCGGAAAUUCCUCGACAAGAUGUCCAACACGCUGAUGCGGAUGCAUUGCGUCGAUUACACGCCGGAAAGCGGCAAGUGUCGGGAUUAUUUCACCUCCAGCGCCACGUGGACGAACUCGAUUCGAUGGAGUUUCGCAUCAAAUAUCUACGGGACGGUCUUUGCGGUGCUGCUGUUUCUGCGUACGAGAACGUUAAUUUAA